AGGAUACCUACCGUCGGCGUAGGUACUAGCCUCAGGAGGAUUGCAAUAGCCCAAUGAACUUAUGAAGGGCUGCUGACUUGCUUCAUCAUUGAAUGAUUCAUGCAGAGGUCCGUGCAGUGGCGGCAGCGCCAGAAUGUUCUGUCCUGGCGACCCUGUCCCAGGAGACACUCUUGUGACUGGGGCAGUCAAAAUCCUUUGCACUGAAGAUCCUCAUUUAAAGGCGCAGCGGGGAGCCAAUCUGGUACAUCUUUGGCGGUCUGGUGCAAUCGUUGUCCCGUACGAUGCUCAUAAUGUGGCCUCCAACGUGCCGGACAAACCUGCAAGAGAUACCACCGUACGGAUUCUGGCUCCGGGGGAAGGCCCCAAACGCGGCAGGGGGGGCAGCCUGAGCAGCCGGCAGGCCCUCCUGCACAGCCUGGUCCACAUCGAGAGCUGGGCGGUGGACCUGUCCUGGGACAUCAUUGCCCGCUUCGGGCCCGCUUGCGCAAUGCCCCGCGAGUUCUUCGACGAGUUUGUCAAGGUGGCCGACGAUGAGGGCCGUCACUUCCAGGCGCUAGAAAGGCGGCUGCGAGACAUUGGGUCAUCCUACGGUGCUUUCCCAGCGCAUGAUGGGCUGUGGGAGUCGGCGUCAGGAACGGCGGGCGACCUGCUGGCCAGGCUGGCGGUCGAGCACUGCGUUCACGAGGCCCGCGGCCUAGACGUGGUCCCUCAGACGAUUGCCCGCUUUCGGUCUGGCGGCGAUCCGGAGACAGCGGACCUGCUGGAGAAGACAAUCUACCCGGAGGAGAUCACGCACUGCGCGGUGGGUGUGAAGUGGUUCACGUACCUGUGCAAGCGCGACCUCGAGUCAGGGCACACUAACGAAGCGUAUCGAGGGAACAAUCGGUCCGUCUGUCGAGAAACAACUAGCGCGGGGGAAGUUUCGGCAACGGGACCAGCGGGAAUUGCAGCAGCCGGUAGAGAGGAAUUGGUUGGAAAUCAUGCUACUUCUCGAGAAGGACUGACGAAGUCCGGGGGGGGUUUUGUGCCGGAGGUCAGCCCAGACGGCGAGUCCGUGGCACGAGGAUUGGAAGCUUGCACGCUGACGGAGCGGCAUAAAUGUGCUGACACGUGUCAAGCUGAGAAAGCAAGUUCUUUGGGGCCCGACACGUCUGGAAGGCCGCAAGCUCCUCUGGCACCUACGGGAGAUAGUAAUUCGUCUAGGGAGUCCCAAGCUGGUGAGACGGGCUCAGUGCGAGCCGAGAAAAACGUCGAUGGUAAAGGCAGCACAUUGCAGACAAGGAUUCUGGGUGACGAGACUUCGCAAGUCGCAAAGGGGUCUGGUGACGGAGCGGUGUCCGGGGGCUCGGCGGACGUCCCGAGCGAGGCGGAGCUGAGGCGCUUUGUUGUCUCCAAGUUCCACGAAGUGGUGCGGAGGCACUUCAGGGGGCCACUAAAGCCCCCGUUCAAUCACUGGGCACGUGCCCAGGCGGGCUUCGACGAAGAGUGGUACUUGCCUCUUGCAAGCCCGGCCACUUAAGGACAUACUGUACGAGAGAGGCCUUGUGGACGGUUAGGCAUAAAAGUUUUCGAAUUACCAAGAUCCAACCAGCGACGGAUCUGUGAACGGGGCCCUCGCUUUCGGGCACGUUGAAAACAUGGCGCCGAAGUCUAUGAAGCUGAGCAUGGCACGCUUGAACUCCAACUAAAGGUCUCGCUAUUACAAGGUCAUGGCAAUUCGGCUGACAGCGAACCAGCCGAGUGAGAUCCGGUAUUGCCGUCUUGAUGCAAGACCGCACCAUUGCUGUGCUUGCACAGUUUGCACGCAAAAGAAGAACUGUCUCUGCCACACCAUAAGGAAGUCAAUUCGCAGCCAAGUAUAAGUUGAACUAAGAUAAGCACAUAGGUACAUGUAUGUAGUCGACCUGCCGGGCCCGGCGGCCCUGCACAAUGCACAACGGCAGCCACAUCUCGUCAUUCUGGCAGGAG